CGCCCAACCCAGCACAGUCCCGCGCACGACCCCAGUCCCGCGCACGACCCCAGCCCCGCAAGCCCCGCACCGACUGGCUCCCACCACAUUUCGCCUCCGCGGGGACGGCGCCCCCUCCACCCAGCGGCCCCCGCUGUCUCUCUCUUCGCCUUGCCGGCUGCGCUGGGGACACCCAGCCGCCGUCCGCGCGCCCGGAGGCGGCGGGGUCUCUUUGUUCGGGCGGCGGGCACGGGGGACCCCUCCCGCGGUGUCACCGCACCCACCCCGCGCCCUCCCUCCGCCUCCUGGAGUUCACCCGGACCAGGUGGCGGCGGGUGCCUUUUGGGGGUGCGCGGCCAUGCAAUUGGUGGAUUUUUUUAAACCGUUUUGGAGGGGGGAGCGCGGCGUUGGGGGCGGGAGAGCGCUCCUUGCUGUGAGCUGCUCCUCCCGCUUUGCUCCGCGCUUUCCUGCCGCUCCGCUCCGCUCCGGGUCUCCGGCGCUCCUCUCCCCGGCUCGGCCGAGCGCGCUGCCCCGACGCCGCCACCCAGAGCCGGGCCGCGCCAGGCGCCGAGAUGAAGGUGCUGGGAUACCGGCUGGAGCUGCUCACAGGCCUCCUGCUCCACGACGUGACCAUGGCCGGGCUGCAGGAGCUGCGAUUCCCUGAGGAGAAGCCGCUGCUCCGGGGCCAGGACGCCACCGAGCUGGAGACCUCUGAUGCCUUCCUCUUGGCUGCAGACACAGAUUGGAAGGUGGGGGAAGGCAACGCUGGAGCCGUGAAGCUGGCAGGGCUAGGGGACCCCAGGUGGAACCCAGGGCACCUCCUCUCGCCGGGGCAUCAGGAGCACGACAUCGAGACGCCCUACGGCCUUCUGCACGUGGUGAUCCGGGGCUCCCCCAAGGGGAACCGCCCAGCCAUCCUCACCUACCACGAUGUGGGCCUCAACCACAAACUAUGCUUCAACACCUUCUUCAACUUCGAGGACAUGCAGGAGAUCACCAAGCACUUUGUGGUGUGUCACGUGGAUGCCCCUGGACAACAGGUGGGGGCGUCGCAGUUUCCACAGGGGUACCAGUUCCCCUCCAUGGAGCAGCUGGCUGCCAUGCUCCCUAGCGUGGUGCAGCAUUUCGGGUUCAAGUACGUGAUUGGCAUCGGAGUGGGUGCCGGAGCCUAUGUGCUGGCCAAGUUUGCACUCAUCUUUCCCGACCUGGUGGAGGGGCUGGUGCUGGUGAACAUCGACCCCAACGGCAAAGGCUGGAUAGACUGGGCUGCCACCAAGCUCUCCGGCCUAACUAGCACUUUACCCGACACGGUGCUUUCCCACCUCUUCAGCCAGGAGGAGCUAGUGAACAACACAGAGUUGGUGCAGAGCUACCGGCAGCAGAUUGGGAACGUGGUGAACCAGGCCAACCUGCAGCUCUUCUGGAACAUGUACAACAGCCGCAGAGACCUGGACAUUAACCGGCCUGGAACAGUGCUCAAUGCCAAGACGCUCCGCUGCCCCGUGAUGCUGGUGGUCGGGGAUAAUGCACCUGCUGAGGACGGGGUGGUGGAGUGCAACUCCAAACUGGACCCGACCACCACAACCUUCCUGAAGAUGGCAGACUCCGGAGGGCUGCCCCAGGUCACACAGCCAGGGAAGCUGACUGAAGCCUUCAAAUACUUCCUGCAAGGCAUGGGCUACAUUGCGUACUUGAAGGACCGAAGGCUGAGUGGAGGAGCAGUGCCCUCGGCUAGCAUGACCCGCCUGGCACGCUCCCGCACUGCAUCCCUCACCAGUGCCAGCUCGGUGGAUGGCAGCCGCCCACAGGCCUGCACCCACUCGGAGAGCAGCGAGGGGCUGGGCCAGGUCAACCACACCAUGGAGGUGUCCUGUUGAAGCCCUCGAUCCCGCUGACGACGCCCACCUGUCCGCCCACGUCGAGGCCCCACCGCCAUCCUUGCGCCGGCUCAUGUUCCCUUUAGUUUAUUUUUGUGAGGGCAAAGGGGAGGAAAUGGGGUUCUGUUUGAAAAAAAUGAGGGGCUCUUAGAUCCUUCAGCGGAACAGUCUCCAGGUGUUUUGAGGGGCUCACUCCUCCCCACCCCAUCUCACUCUCCAUGGUAACUUGGCCGACUUGACCCCUCUCAUCUCACUCCCUGCGGCCCAGGCACAGGAGGGCAGGGCCACAGGGAGGGAGAUUCUCUAAGGAUCCAGGCCAUUCCUGGGUGAGCCCUUGGGCAGGCAUGUUUGCAGAUGGGAGAGGCUUCGAGAGGGUGGUUACUGGGCCCACAGGGGUGCAGGGCCAGCUCAGGCACUGGCGUGGGGGCCCUGGGAGACCCCUUCCCCCACUCUCCAAGCACACCCGUUUCUGUCUCGUGACAAUCAUCUGGACAAUAGCCACAAGGGGGCGCUCGGACCAGGCAGCCACUUUCCUGGUGCUCUCUGGGCCCAGCUGGUGCUGUAGGGCCAGGCAGGCAGGGGCAUCAGGGGGUUUCUCUGCCCAAGGAAGACAGAACAUGGAGAACCGUAAGGGCAGGAACCCCACAGACUGUCCCUUCCAGCCCACACUCUGCCACCUCCUGGCCCUCUCCCAUUUCUGAGCCAAGGCCUCCCAGAGGCAGAAGUUGCCUGGUCCUCUGUCCCCACAGUGACCUGACGGGGGGUGAGGGAGAAGGAAGAGAGAGCCCAUGUGUGGCAUGUGUGCCCUGAGAACUUCGUGGUGACUGCCUUUGGGAGCCCGCAGGUAGCCAGAGGCAGGGGUAGCUGAGUUCCUGGAGACCCCUUUUUUGCCCCCAGUUUCCCCAGAGGGCAACGCCAUCAGCAGCAGUGUGGUGUUUCCCGCAGAGCUCUGGCCAGGCUGUGCCAGCGUGUCCCGGAAGCAUCACUAAGGAAGAGAGAGUUUAUUCAGUCAACUGGCCCAAGGCAGCGAGAGUUCCACAGUCCCAUACCCCAUAGCCCCCGGGGCUGGGGCUUACUGGGGGCUGAUGAUUCUGGACAUGAACAAGAGCCAGGUAGAGGAGAAAGGCUUCCCCCACACCCCAGCCCCCUGCUGUCCCCUGAAGCCCAGGACUGUGUUGUAUGCUUCCCAUCCACCCACCUUACCCCAUAGCAUCCUGCAGCCCAGAAACCAGAGCCAUUUGUCUCAGACCCUAAACCAAUGGUCACAAACCUCAAAACAGAGGGGAGAGAGCAAUGAAAACAUGAAGGGCUGUGGAGGAGGAGGGUUGCGGCGUGUGUUCUGAGGCUGAGAGGACACCUACAUGCGUAUUUCCUCUACACACAUCACCCCCCCUUCUGUAAUCUUAAGCCAUGACUAGCCUGGUGGUGUGUUAGUUUGUGCCGAGUUCUACCCCCUCAUGUGCUUCUUCUGAAUACUGAAUGUGACUGGUUGAAAGCUGGUAGAAUUCAUCCCUCUUACUGUAGAUAGCACUGCAAAUCUUGGAAUUUUUUUUGUUUUUUGCUGUUUCCAGAUGAAAUAUCUAUAAAUAUCUAUACAUUAUAUAUAUAGAUGUGUGUGUGUGUGUGUGUGUGUGUACAUUGGGUCCUCCCAUGUGUGGUGGUCCUCUGGAGGUUGUCUCUUUGGUCAAGGUGAACUUUUAAUGUUUAUUAUUUUCUUCUCCGCACAAAGAGCCUAAUUCUGUGUAUUCUGGUGGCUGCUGUCAUGAGAUGACAAAAUGUAAAACAAAACUCUAGUCAACGUAGAAAGAGUUAACUGUGCUGAAAAACUAAUAAAGAACCUAAGAAUUCCA